CAAUGAUGAAUUUAGAAUCAAACGACCCGUCUGAAUCUCGGAAUUACUAAUUUACAUUUUUUUCUUAUUUUCCCUUUAAUAAUCAUGAACCAAAACAUAAUUCAAGGAAGCCUACAGGUAGACUACAGACAUUGAGGUUGGACCCUUGAAACCUGUGUAAAGCAACCCUGUUAGCAUCUUGUGGUCUUUCCAUAUCCUGUGAACCUGCAGCACUGUUGAGCUCAGCGCAGACAGAAGGACAUAGUAACCCUAGGUACAGGAAAGACGGACAGCAUGAGAAAUCUGCUACUCAACAUAAUUAUCAUGAACGUCAUCUUGAUUAAAGCGUCUCCACAGCACAAGGUGGACCAGACUCCAGCAGCCGUGCUGGAAGAGCAGAACAGCAGCAGAGUAAACCUGUCCUGCAAGCAUCAAAUCCCAAGCUACGACAUCAUCCUCUGGUACCGGCGCUCGCAAGGAAGCAACCAGCUGGAUCUUAUCGCGUAUGUCUAUUACAAGCAGCCGACCAUCGAGGCUAACUUUACAGGCAUCUUCUCAGUCGACGGGGAUGGAGAGAAGUGGUCUAGACUGGAGCUGCUGAAGCCGAGGAGCCCGGAGGACACGGGAGAGUAUUACUGUGCAGCCAGAAUGCACUGUGAUGAAGAACCAACGUACUCUGCUACAAAAACCCUGGAGUUACCACAAGAGAGGGUAAAAACCCUGUUUCCUGCUGACGUGUUGAAUCUGGGAAGGGGAGGAGGAGUGUGGAGGGGUACAUUUGGAGGAUACAAGUCGAGCAAACUGCAUGACGGUGUUAACCUCCAUUCCCUAACAUGGGCGUGCAUGGGUUCAUUUAAGUCCAUCCAAGGCAACUUUGAUCCCGUUGUCAGCCAAUGGGUGAGCCCCUCACAUGAGGCUCUCUCCUUUUUAGUAGCUUGACUUUGUGUCAGUUGAGCAGCUAGUAUCGCCAACAGAAUCAGCACAAGAAAACCAUGCCAGGUGGCCACUGUCUUUCUUCAGAAACUCUAUCGACGUGUAGAGUCAGUGCAGUGCUUGGGUUCCUUUUGGUUGAUGAUGUAGUCGUACUUUGUUGUUAAUGUUACUGUUUUAGUACUAUGUUGUUCUUGUUAUUGCAGGAUAAGUUAUCUCCUCUGAGUAUUGCCAUUCUGAUAAUUCCUUGUAGGCCACUUAUUGAUGUAAUGUAGCAUGAUGCACAGGGGAAGACACGCAGACUGCGUUUACCCAGCAUGUUCGAUAAAGCACUGAAUGUUUGUGACUUUUUUUUGUCAUUAACAUCAAAGUAUAUAUAGGAACUAGCGCUGUCAAGCAAUUAAAAUAUUUAAUCACGAUUAAUCGCAUUAAUGCCAUAGUUAAGUCGCGAUUAAUCGUAAAAAAAUUCUAUGCUAAAUAUCCCUUGAAUUCUUUGUCCCAUUCAUUUUUCUCAUUUUAAUGCUCUUAUCAACAUGGAGAAGUGCAUCGUCUUGCCUUGUGCAAAUGUUUUUUUAUUGAUAACAACAUUGGCAUAUACUGAUCAAAACAGGACGGUACAAAAAAAAAGCCUAUAAUGCAAUUAAACGAUGAACAUACAAAGAUAUGCCUUGAACAUAGCAGUCAGGCUACUGCUUCUUUGUUUUGAGGCCAAAAUAAAAAAAAAAACACAGCACAACGCCACUUUGAGUUAGGUCUAGGGUAGGAUU